UCUUUGUUUGGUCUAUUUUUUACUCUGGUCAACUCGGUGCCUUGUUGCUCAUCUUCUUGAAACAGAUUAAGGCCACAUUAGCCUUGAGAACUACAGGUUGUGCACACUCCACGCUGAAUAGCUAUGCCAAUCAAACAAAAUUUAGCAUGCGACAACUUGAUAACAAUUAACAAACAAAAUUAGUGACAAAUAAAGCCCUUCCUACUAACAGAAAGAACAGAAAAUUGCUUCUCCUAAAACUCCUCCCAUCCAUGAGACUCCACACAUUUUUUCCAUCUCCCGCUUUGCCUUUCUCUUUACAAUUUCAUCUCUUUUUCUUGUUUGUUUUUUUCUCGUCCUUCCCACUGGGGAAAACCCCUUCAGGAACAGGAAACGGGAAGCUGCAGGAAAGGCCUUAAUUUCUGUCCCUUCACCAUGGCUUUUCCUUCCUUUCUGCUCCUCAUUCCCCUCGUCAUCUCCUUCCCUUUCUCGGAAUCCAAGCUCUCCCCUGACUAUUACAAAAACUCAUGUCCUGGCUUGGAAAAUAUCAUUCGAGAAGUCAUCACCAGCAAGCAGAUCAGCAACCCCACCACGGCCGCAGGCACCCUCCGUCUCUUCUUCCACGACUGCAUGGUAGGAGGCUGUGAUGCUUCCGUCCUUGUCUCCUCCAAUGCCUUCAACAAGGCCGAACGUGACGCAGACAUCAACCUGUCUCUUCCGGGGGAUGCUUUUGAUGCCAUUGUACGUGCAAAGACAGCUGUCGAGUUAUCUUGCCCUGAAAUUGUCUCAUGUGCUGACAUCCUCGCCCUUGCCACACGUAACGCCAUCAGCAUGGUUGGGGGACCCUUCUACACCGUUAAGCUUGGUCGCAAGGACAGCUUGGUGUCUAAUAUCUCCAGCGUCGAAGGCAACCUGCCGAGGGCUACCACGAGCAUGGAUGAGAUAAUCAGGAUGUUUGAAUCCAAGAAAUUCACAGUUAAAGAAAUGGUUGCCCUUACUGGUGCCCAUACCAUUGGAUUCUCUCAUUGCAAAGAGUUUGCUUACAGGCUUUACAGCUACAACAAAAAUACCCCUACUGAUCCUAGUUAUCAUCCAAAGUAUGCAGCGGCUCUAAAGAAAAUGUGUGAAAAUCAUGAGAAGAAUCCUACAAUGUCAGCUUUCAAUGAUGCUCUGACUCCAUCAAAGUUUGAUAACAUGUAUUAUCAGAACUUGCAGAGAGGGCUGGGACUAUUGGAAUCAGAUAAUGCACUAUUGAAAAACUCCAGAACCAGGCCUUUUGUGCAAUUGUAUGCUUCUAACCAGACUGCGUUUUUCAAUGAUUUCGCUCGAGCAAUGGAGAAGCUUAGCCGUUAUGGGGUUAAGACUGGGAGGAAAGGAGAAGUGAGGCGGAAAUGCGAUGUUUUUAACUCAAUUCAGACUUAGAUUUUUUAAUUCAGUUUCUGGGUGAUGGCCAUGUAUGCGUGAGCAUAAAAGAAGAGAUUAUAUUUUACUAUAAUAAUUAUAAUUACUAUUUUCGUUUUGUGAAAUGAUUUAUGUGAGGAUGAGGAUCGAUGGAUGGAUGACUUUUAAUGUUGUUGCAAAUGGUGACAACGAUUAAUUUCUGUUUGACUAAACAAUAUCAUGAUUUAUAAGAAUUUGUAGUUUUAAUGUUUAAGGAUGUUAAGAUUUGAACUAGAAAAACACUCUAUAAUUGCAUAUUGACAAGGAU